AUGGACACCAAUAACGACACGAAGACUGAAGCUCCUCAAGAGAGCUUUCAGGCGAAGGGCGAGAGCCACGUCGUGGGAGCGCGUGAGCUACCGCCCCUGCUGCGAGAUAUUCCUGCUGAAGAGCUGGAGAAGAUGCAGCGAAAGCUCGUCCGGAAGCUUGACUUGCGACUGAUGGCACCUCUGAUUUUGAUGUACAUCAUGAACUAUCUUGACAGAAACGCUAUCGCGGCGGCCAAGAUCUCCGGAAUUGUCGAGGAUCUGAGACUUACCGACUCGCAGUUCCAGACCUGCGUCAGCAUCCUCUUCGUUGGUUACAUCUUGAUGCAGGUGCCAUCCAAUUUGGUUCUCAACAAGAUCGGCCGACCAGCUAUAUACCUUCCAGCGUGCAUGGCCGUCUGGGGCGUAUUGUGCGCUUGUGCGGGGGCUGUCCACAACUUUGGUGGCCUUGUUGCUGCGCGGUUUCUGUUAGGCUUUGUCGAAGCUGCAUACUUCCCCGGAUGCAUGGUUUGCCUGACUGCAUGGUACACACGGAAGGAGCUCGCUUUUCGUACAGCACUCCUGUACUGCGGCUCUUUAGUGUCGGGCGCAUUCUCGGGUCUGAUUGCUGCCGGCAUCACGCAUGAUCUGGAUGGCGCCAUGGGCCUCAAAGCCUGGCGAUGGCUCUUCAUCAUCGAAGGCGCCAUGACCGUGGCCCUCGCCUUGUGCGUCUUCUUCGUCCUUCCCGACUUCCCUGUCAACACCAAAUGGAUCUCGCCCGUGGAGCGCGAGCUCGCAACGUGGAGGCUCUAUGCCGACGUUGGCGAAGACGACUGGAUCGACUCGGAACACGAGUCGCUCUUCACCGGCCUGAAGCAGUGUGUGCGCGACCCCAAGACGUACGUCACCAUACCCUUGAUCUUCGGCGUCGUCUCGUCGGGCACAAUCAACAGCUACUUCCCCUCCGUCGUCUCAACCCUAGGCUACGCCCGCACCGAGACGCUGCUCCUCACAGCGCCACCAUAUCUCCUGUCUUGCAUCGUCGCCCUCGGCGUGGCCCUCAACGCCGACCGGACCGGCGAGCGGUACCUGCACUUCACCGUCCCCGUCUGGUUCUCCAUCGCCGGCUUCGUCAUCUCGGCCGCCACGACGAACCUCGGCGCCCGCUACUUCUCCAUGAUGAUCAUGCUGCCGGGCGUCUACACCGCCUUCACGAUCGGCCUGACCUGGGCCGCCAACACGAUGCCCCGGCCGCCGGCCAAGCGCGCGGCGCUACUGGCCCUGUGCAACGCCUGCGCCAACUGCUCGAGCAUCUACGGGCCGUACCUGUACCCCGCGUCCACGGCGCCGCGGUACCUGAUCGCUAUGGGUGUCAAUGCGGGCACGGCGCUCAUGUCCAUCAUCGUGGCGACCGGGUUCAUGAUCAUGCUACGGAGGCUUAACAAGAAGCUCGACAGAGAGGAGGGCCUGGACCUGGACGCAAGCGGCGAGACGGACGUGGCUGCGCAGCGUCAUGGCCAUGCGCCAAGGGGGUUCAGGUACUUGUAUUAG